AUGCUCACAUCUAGUGCAGAUUCACGGACGACACCCGAUAUCCAUCGAAAACCAGCCUCGGGAGCCCAUAUCAGCCAUAGCUCCCUUGCAACAAUAGCUACGGCCAGGACCAGCGAAGACACCAAAUCUGACAGUACCUCCUCGUAUCUUCACCGCGGUACAGGAUCUACUACCCCUCUGUCGUCUGACCAGACUUCCCCAUUCUCUGAGACCACGCCCUACGAGUUCCCGAGCCGGGAUGAGCUAGGCAAGGUGUCGGCAAUGCCCUCGUCUCCCCCCCCUCCGCCACGUCCAACAGUCCUUAGAAAGACCUCCACACCGCCCCGCAUACCUGCAGUCACAGCGACGCAAGCCACGCCACGGGCUGGCACGAGAUCUCGUGACAGGAGUCCGGCAGCUGAGCGCCCCCCAUCGAGGGCCAACAAACCACAGCCCAACCGUCUGCAGCCGCUUCAUGGACCUCCAACUCACAAUGCCCAUGGGCGCAGUGUCUCGGUCCAACAGUCAACAACCCGUGGGGCCUCAGCGGAUAGCCCACGAGUGGUAUCUAAUCCUAUUGACAGCCGGCUGCAGUCGAUGCAGUCAGGCGAAGGCAACUCCCUUGGCACCGCAGAGAAGAAAAAGGUGAAAAAGAGCUGGUUUCCCGGGGGUCGGUCAAAACACAGCCCGGACGAAUUGGCGAAGACGCAUGACACUGGGGCCUGGCUUAUAUCUCCGGAUAAUCGAGCGGAUUACAGCACGGUUCCUUUGCUGAAUGGAGACCCUGUUCCAGAGUUGUGGAACGAACAAGGGAACGUCUUUGUUUAUUUACAUCCCAAAGGGAGCGGCCGCGGCCCAUCCUUCAAGGUCGCUGACCAUGUCUUCAGCACCUCGGUAACCCUGAACGAGUUACUGGUGGCAGAGAUGAUGGCUGCCGCUCAGUAUCUCGGGGUCGAACAGGCCGAAAGACCUGUGAUUGAAGGCCACCUGUACCUUCCCAGUGGCAGCAGCGACCUGCAAAGCCUCGUCUCUGCCAGGAAUCUAUUCGCCUUCCUAACUCACCAGCCUCUCGUGGGUACGAAAGAAACUCCCAGUCUAUUUUCCGCCAUUCUGCAGCUUUCAUCGUUGCUUCGAGAAUUCAACUUCAGUAACUACGACGGCAGUUCAUUCGGGGAAUCAGUUGAUGUAGCCUUCGACCAACUCGUGGACCAGUUCGGCCUCGCAGAUGUGCGGCACAGUGGGGAGAAGACACUGGAGGCGCUUGUCUUAGCAGAACAAAUGAAGUCUUGGAAUUUGUACAACGAGGCUUUUGCUCAUGCUGUGGGCAAAUACGAAUCUCUGCUGGACCUGAGAUCACCCAUCUAUCCCAGAAUCUCUACCAAUACCCGCAAGCGACUGGAGCGCGCCCAUCUGGACCUGGUAAACCGCCAGGCCAAUGUCAACGCUCGGAUCGAGUCAUUCGAGUUCCCCUCCCUCUUUGCGGGCAUCGCCAGCUCAACCUCGACAGAAGAGUACAGGAAUGUGAAGUUCAAAGAAUGGAAGAACAACUUUGGCAAAAUGAGGAGCUUCGUUCUCAACUACUACAAGGGGCUUUUCGGCAGCUGGCCGCCCAAAGCCAGGAGCAGAAAGAAUCACUUCUCUCAGAGCGGCCUAAACCGUCAGUGCCUGAAAAUCCUUUAUUCGGACCUGUGUGCACUCUAUGACCUCUUGGUCGAUCGCAAGUCCAUUACACCCCGUGUCAUCGCCGAGGCCGACGGCCCCUCGGAUGAUGCCAAAGAGAAGAAUGGUGCCGACCCUUCCAUAUCCGCGCUGCGGAAGAUCCUGAGUGAGUUCGAGAAGUCGUCUCCUCCAGUGCUGCCGCCAAUCCCAUACGAUAUCCCCAAAAUUCCGAGCAUGACUGCAAUUUACGAAAACUACAACGAGCUGCCGGCGAAGAAGCAGGCCAAGUACAACAAGAGCCUCCAGUCACACGAGCUCCAGCUGAUCCUCAUAAAGUCCCGCAACAUGGACACGGACGCGUUGCAGAUGCCGUUUCUGGCCGCCUUCAAGGACUUUGAGCUCCGAGAGGCGAGAGGUGUCCAACCUCAGGACCUAGCCGACCAGCGUAUCGGCUUCUGGUUGUUCCUGUACGUCGUCCUCCAAUCUCUCCCGAUGCUAGUGGUCGACGCUCCGGGGCUCCAAUUCACCGAGGGUGUCGAGGACUUUCUCUGCGAAGCACCACAGGGCAACCCCCCGUGGACGGAAGACGCCGGCGAGGUACGCAAGAUGUGGUACCAGACCGCCGACCAGAACUUCGUGGAACUAUCCGCGGAUGUCCUCGUGUUCAGUGUCGAAGGGAUCUACACGCGGAGCCACUGCUGGCUGGUUGCCAAGGAGUGGGAAGCAGCUGCCUCUCCCGCUCUAGCUCCGGCCGCCGGUUCCCUACGCCCGUCAUCCCCGACUUCUCUGCAGCCCCCGCACACCCUCUUCCCUGAAUUGGAUCCCUUUGCAACCGGCAUCAGCACAAACCACAACCUGAACAUCCCCAACCAAGUGGGAAGCGGCGGGGGUCUGUCGGCACCCAACUCCCCGCAUCUGCGCCCUCGCAGCGGCUCCCACGACCACCGUGCGCGUCACGCCUUGCGCGCGAGCAUGGCCAUCGGAUUGGAACCCUUGCCUAUCCCGGCCGUCGGCGCCGGCGAUCGAACUUCGCGUAUCGUCAGCGCCGGCUCCGGACUCUUUCCGUCUGCGGGGGGCGGUUAUGGGCCUGGCGGUGGCCCGGGGGAUAUGUACCAGCUUGGUCUAAGGACUAGCCGGUCGGCGGUCAAUCUCAACCAAUUUGGGGAGUUGGGCCCCCCGGGCGAGGAGGCAGGACAGUUGGGAUUCGCACCGAGAAGAAGUGUCUAUGGUGGCCUACCACCCCCGGCUGCUCUCGGUGGUGGACACGUCCGGGGUGCUUCUCAUGGUGGGGUUGGUGGUGGAGCCGGAGGAGGGAGUACCUUCGACGAUAUACUCAAGGGGAUGGAUAAUGGGAAGAAGGCAAAAAAGAAGCUUUUCUUCUAA